CCUAACUCCAGGAAUUUGUGGCUGAGAGGGCAAACCGCCGCGGCUCUCCCGGCGUCCCGAUGCUCGCACCAUGUCGAGGCGCAAGCAGGCGAAACCCCAACACAUCAAUUCGGAGGAGGACCUGGAGGAGCAGCAGCCGACCCCGGAGCUGGCGGCGGCGGCCCCAGACGCGCCGACGGCGGGGGAGCCGGGUGCUGUGAUGAGCCACCCAGCACCCCAGGACGAGGUGGUGGCGGGCGAAGAGCCGGUGGGCAAGCGGCUUCGUCGCGAAGACACCCACGUCUGCAAGAAAUGCUGCGCGGAGUUCUUCAGCGUCUCCGAGUUCAUCGACCACAAGAGGAAUUGCACGAAGCACCCGCCUGUGCUCAUCAUGCAUGACAGUGAGGGGCCGCUGCCUGCCGAAGACUUCCCCGGAGCGACGCUGAGCCACCAGGUGCCCCCCAACGUCAUGUCCCGCCUCCCGGGCGCUCUGCUACCUCAGGCUCCAGGCUCUGUGCUCUUCCAGAGCCCUUUCUCCACGAUGGUGUUGGACCCGUCCAAGAAAGGGAAAGGGAAGCCCCCCAACGUCUCCGCAGUGGAUGUCAAAGCUAAAGAGGAGGCCGCCCUCUACAAACACAAGUGUAAGUACUGUAGCAAGGUUUUUGGGACCGAUAGCUCCCUGCAGAUCCACCUACGCUCCCACACUGGAGAGAGACCCUUCGUGUGCACCGUCUGUGGCCACCGGUUCACCACCAAGGGCAACCUCAAGGUGCACUUUCAUCGACAUCCCCAGGUGAAGGCCAACCCCCAGCUUUUUGCCGAGUUCCAGGACAAAAUGGCGGCAGGCAACGGGAUUCCCUGUGCAGGUUCCAUGCCUGCCCCUGUAGCUGAAGCCAGCAUCUCCCUAGACAGCAAACUGGUCCUUGGGCCAGGGACCCCCUCUGCAGGGCCACCUCAAACUCUGGCAUCAGGGCCUAACCCUAAGGACCACCUGGGCGGCCUGUCGCCCAACACCUUGCAGCCUGGGCCUUCCCCGGGAAGUGAGGGUGGUGCACGAACGCUGCCUGGGGUGGGACCCAAGCAGUAUUCCCCAAGGGUUGGUGGCUUCCCAGGGCGUGGGACCCCGGAGCCAGGGUCAGAAACCCUGAAAUUGCAACAGCUGGUGGAAAACCUGGACAAGGCCACCUCCGAUCCCAACGAGUGUCUCAUCUGCCACCGUGUCUUGAGCUGCCAGAGUUCCCUCAAAAUGCAUUACCGCACCCACACCGGGGAGAGACCCUUCCAGUGUAAGGUCUGCGGCCGAGCCUUCUCCACCAAGGGCAACCUGAAGACGCACCUGGGGGUCCACCGAGCCAACACGUCGAUCAAGGCGCAGCAUUCCUGUCCCAUCUGCCAGAAGAAGUUCACCAACGCCGUCAUGUUGCAGCAGCAUAUUCGCAUGCACAUGGGCGGUCAGAUCCCCAACACGCCCCUGCCCCCCGAGAGCCCCUGCGACUUCACAGGGGCCGCCGAGCCGGUGGUGGUCAACGAGAACAGCAACGCUAGUGCCAUUUGCCUUGAUGACACGGUCGAGAGUAUUGAUGUCGAGGAAGUUGGCUCCCAGGAGGCUCCCAGUAGCUCCUCCAAGCUCCCCGGGUCUCUUCCCAAAGUCCACUCGGCCUCACCGACGCUGGGCUUCCCCAUGCUGGCUUCCCCAGAGGCUCCAGGGAGAGUGGGCCAGACUCCUCUGGGCCUGCAGCGGCAGAGCAGCCGGGAGGACAGCUCGGAGAGCGAUGCACUGACCAACGACUCCUCCUCCGUGAUGGAAGACCAGGAGUAUCCGAUGCGGAGUCCGGAAGCUCUGGAGAUCACGUCCUUCCAGGACCUCUCUCCAGCCAACAGCCAGGUGGAAAGCAUCCGAUCCAAGUCGCCCAAUGCGGGAGGCAAAGCAGAGAGCGCCGAGAACAGCCGGGCCGACACGGAAGGUCGGAGCAGCCUCCCCACAUUUGUCCGGAACCAGCCCGCCUAUGUCAAGGUGGAGGUCCCUGGAGCCUUCGCCGGAGGCUCCUCAGCCCUGUCCCCCGGCAUGGUCCCUUUGCUGGCCGCCCAGCCCCGGCGACAGGCCAAGCAGCAUGGCUGCGUGCGCUGCGGGAAGAACUUCUCCUCGGCGAGCGCACUUCAGAUCCACGAGCGCACGCACACCGGAGAGAAGCCCUUCGUGUGCAACAUUUGUGGGCGCGCCUUCACCACCAAGGGCAACCUGAAGGUUCACUACAUGACCCACGGGGCGAACAAUAACUCGGCCCGCCGGGGGAGGAAGCUGGCCAUCGAGAACACCAUGGCUCUGCUAGGCUCAGAUGGGAAGAGAGCCUCCGAGGUGUUGCCCAAGGAGAUCCGGGCGCCAGCGGUGAAUGUGGACCCUGCGGUGUGGAGCCAGUAUACUGCCAUGCUCAACGGCGGGCUGUCCCUGAAGACCAACGAGAUCUCUGUGAUCCAGAGCGGAGGGAUCCCUCCGGUGCCCGUGCCCCUGGGGGCCAGCUCCGGUGGGAGUAACUCGGGCGCCUCCCAGGUGGAUGGUUCCCAGGCUGCACACCUGAGUUCGGAUGUGCAGAAACCCACUACUACUGACGGUGUCCCUAAACACCAGUUCCCUCACUUCCUGGAAGAAAACAAGAUUGCAGUCAGCUAAGAGAAGAGCGGGCAGUGACGGCCAGGAUGUAGACAGAGCGGAAUCUAGAAUCUUGUUUUUUCCCUCUUUGUAAUUAAAGAAGCCACCUCACUUCCUGUGGGGUUUCUCCCCCCCCAAGUCUGGAAAGAAGCGGGUCUUGCCACAGUAGCUUUGUGACGUGUGAUAAACUCUGUAUGUAGAUCCUUUGUACAACCUAGAAUAACUGUUUCCAAAGAGUCUUCACUGACCCCCUCUCAAGGUGGGACCCAUCGAACCUUCCCCAAACCGCCAGGGAACAGGCAGCUGCUUGAUUCAAACUGGGGGAGGUGGGCACGUGCGGUGUCCUUGCAUUACCUGUCACUGCAGAUAAGGAGACAAGGUCUGGCGGCUCUUCCUAACAGUUUGUUUUAUGUCUCCUACCCCACACCCAUCUUCUUUUUCUUUCUUUUUUUCGAAUGUGCUGAUUUAUUGCUUUUUCUUGACACGCUAAGGUUGCAGAACUAGAAAAUUCCUUCCACCUUAGACUCCUAGAUAUGCCGGAUGCUCUUGGCCCUGGAACUGGCGUGCGUUUGGGUGUGUAGCUGCUUAUUUAAAUUCAGUUCAGGGGGAGCCCCGAGACUUCCAGUGUCCCUCCUCCACAUUCCAGAGGCCUCUGUCUACCCGGUUGCCAGGACAGGUGGGGCGCCUGUGCACAGGGUCUCAGGGGACUUAAUUUAGCUCGCCAGUGCCUAUUCUCUUGAAGAGCCAGGAUUUCAUUCUUGGGUCUCUUAGUCCAGGUUCACCUAAGUGUUUGGUUUUGUUUUUAAUUCCCUUGAUGACUCAAUGUCAACUUGUGAAGAUUUCCCCUCACCCGAGUUUUGCAUGAAAGCUGCAAAAUUGGAGCAGGCAAGCCCUGGGUUAUGCAAGCUUUAAUUUAUCUACCUCAUGUAUCUUUUAUUUUUGUAGCCAUAGUCUCUAUUUUCCUAUUUGGAUCGACCGUUGGCCCCUUCCCCAGACCCUGUGUGAAACCUGAGGGUUGAUGCGUGGACCUUCGGGGUGUUUCUGUUGCCUUUUUGUUCCUUUGAACCUCCUUUUAGUGCGUGGAAUAAAAUAACGAUAAUAAAGGAUUGCUGAAGUGGGGCUCUCCUAGUACGAAGAGGCUGGAAGAGGAGACUCCUGGGUAGAGCUCGCCACGGAAAUUGAAACUGCAUGGAGACUUGUUACCAAAAAAGCUUCUUGUCCCUGUAGUUCUCGCACCUGACCUCUUAAGAUCCAAAAAGAAAAAAAAGUGUUGCUUUUGGUUUUUUUUGUUGUUGUUGCCAAGUUGUGCCUUUCCUUCUGGAAUCGAAGUGACCAAGGUGAUCGGACCUGUUUACACGGAGGGAGGGGGGUGUUGUUACAGGAAACACACCCCAGGCUGUGCAGCUGGACAAUGCCGUGUGAAUGUAUGCGCUACAGCGAAGCCUGUAGUUGUACCUGCUGAUGCUGUCUGUCUGGAGAAUAAACCUGGAUGGCUCUGCCUCCCA